AUGCGCAUCGCGAUGGCGGCCUUCGACGGGGGCAGGGACGGCGUGGUCGCCUCGCACGUGCAGAGGACCUCCGUCACGGCCUGCGCCCUGGUCUUCGGGGACCUGCGAGCGCUGGGCGCGGUCCCGCACAUCAGCAACGCCCGCAACUCCCCGGACCAGGACGCCAUUCUGGAGCUGGAGCUGAUGGUGCGCCUGGAGAUGGAGGCGUCCAUCGCGACGCUCUUCCUGGACACCGAGGAGGAGCGCCGGUCCCGGCGCAGGCCCGCGCCGGCUGCCGGCCAUCGCAGCGCCGGCCCCGAGGGCGCCGCGCACGGCGCCGCCGCGUGCCCAGACGUCCGGGUCUUCCUCCGCGCCCCCGCUGGACGCCGGCACGGGCGUCGACGCAUCCGACGUCCGCGCCCGAGCUCCCGG